AUGGUGGCGAAGAAAGAGCGGAAUAUAAGUGGGCUGGGCCUAGUCGGGUUCGGGGCUCCACCAUUUAAAAAAGAAAUACGGACUAAAUUAAAAAAGAAAUACGGACUAAAUCAAUUAGUCGGGUUCGUGAUGCUACGGCUAUAUUCUCGCGCGUAUCGUAGAACCUUGAGCUCAAUCAACCAUCCACCUCCCCCCAGCCUCAACCUGCAAAACAUUCUCGGCCAAGUAGGAGCCCUUGCCACGCGCGGCCAACUCAACGAGGCACUCUCACUCUUCUACGCUCUCCAACCGCCACCCUCUCUCAUCCGCUGCAACCAAACCUACGCCACUCUCUUCCACGCAUGUGCUCGCCACAAUUCUCUCCGACAAGGCCUCUCUCUUCACCACUACAUGCUUGCUCACAACCCGACCACCCCUCCCGACCUCUUCGUCUCCAACCACCUCAUCAACAUGUACUCCAAAUUCGGCUGCUUAGACCACGCCCGCCACCUGUUCGAUGAAAUGCCCAGCAGAAACCUCGUCACCUGGACCGCUCUCAUUUCCGGAUACGCACAGCGUGGCCUUGCUGACAAUUGUUUUCGUUUAUUCGCUGCAAUGUUGGCCCAUCACCUCCCGAACGAGUUCGCAUUUGCCAGCGUGCUCAGUUCGUGUGCCGCAGAAACUGUUCGUGGCCGGCAGGUGCACGCCCUCGCUUUGAAAAUGUCCUUAGAUGCUUCUACUUACGUUGCCAAUGCUCUCAUUACCAUGUACAGCAAGGGAGGUGUUUGUGAUGUUAGUCGACACGAUGAUGCAUGGAAGGUGUUUACAACCAUGGAAUCAAGGAAUCUUAUAUCCUGGAAUUCCAUGAUUGCGGGGUUUCAGUGUCGUGGACUUGGAGCUCAAGCUAUUCUUCUCUUUGUGCAAAUGCACCUUGACGGACUUGAGUCUGACCGCGCCACGCUUCUCAGCGUGUUUUCUUCCUUGAACAGAGUAAAUGGCAUUGAUGAUAUAGUGGCUGCUAAGUUUUGUUACCAACUUCAUUGUCUGGUUGUCAAAACCGGGUUUAUAUUGGGGAUUGAAGUGGUCACCGCAAUAGUUAAAGCUUAUUCGGAUCUUGGAGGGGAUGUUGCCGAUUGUUACAGGCUCUUCUCUGAGACAAGCUGUCAUCGGGAUAUUGUUGCUUGGACAGGCAUUAUGACAAUAUUUUCCCAGCGGGACCCUGAAGAGGUAAUCUCUCUUUUUUGUCAAUUACGCUGGGACAAUUUAACUCCAGACAGGUAUACAUUCUCUAUUGUUUUGAAAGCUUACGCAAGCCUUGCAACCGAGCGCCAUGCCUCGGCUGUUCAUUCUCAAGUGAUCAAAGCUGGGUUUGGGGGUGACACAGUCCUUGCAAAUGCUUUGAUCCAUGCCUAUGCUCGGUGUGGCUCCAUUUCCUUGUCGAAGAAAGUUUUUGAUGGAAUUAAGUUCCGUGAUGUUGUUUCGUGGAAUACAAUGCUCAAGGCUUAUGCCUUGUACGGACAAGCUGCAGAUGCGCUGCAGUUAUUUUCACAAAUGGACAUGAAACCUGAUUCUGCUACCUUUGUUUCUCUCCUGUGCGCUUGUAGCCAUGCUGGACUGGUAGAAGAAGGGACCAGAAUCUUUGACUCCAUGCUUGAGAGAUAUGGCGUUGUGCCUCUGUGUGAUCAUUAUGCCUGCAUGGUUGACAUUCUUGGUCGAGCUGGACGAGUUUGUGAGGCUGAGAAGCUUGUAAGCAGAAUGCCCAUGGAGCCCGAUUCUGUAGUUUGGAGUGCACUCCUUGGAUCAUGUAGGAAGCAUGGGCAUACACAGUUGGCCAAGUUAGCAGCUGAUAGACUGAAGGAGUUGGCUCCAGAGGGUUCAUUAGUUUAUGUACAAAUGUCAAACAUAUAUAGCUCUGAUGGUAACUUUGGUGAAGCUGGCCUAAUUAGGAAGGAAAUGAAAGGGUCUAGAGUGAAAAAGGAACCUGGUUUAAGCUGGAUUGAGAUUGGAAAUCAGGUGCAUGAGUUCUCCUCUGGAGGCCGACGCCAUCCAGAAAGGAAUCUUAUAAGCAGAGAACUAAAAGAACUGGUUGGACGGUUGAGGGAAAUUGGUUAUGUUCCAGAUACAAGCUCUUCCUUGCACGAUGUGGAAGAUGAGCACAAGGAGGAGCAGUUGUACCAUCACAGUGAGAAGCUAGCUCUAGUGUUUGCUAUUAUGAAUGAAAGCAGUUUACACUGUGGUAGAACUGCUAUAAAAAUAAUGAAAAAUAUCAGAGUAUGUGUGGAUUGCCAUAACUUCAUGAAGUUAGCAUCAGAUCUGCUUCAAAAGGAUAUAGUUUUGAGAGACUCAAAUCGUUUCCACCACUUCAAAGAUGGCAUAUGUUCUUGCAAGGAUUACUGGUAGGUAGUCACAUAGGCAUAUACCCUGCCAAG